AUGCCGUCCGCCAGCAGCGCCGGCCGAGAUGCCGAACGUCUGUCUGCGCCUGCAUCCCCAGUCUCCUACGACGAUCCGAACAAGCCCUCGGCCGCCGAGCUCCAGCAGAAGCGUAUCUGGUCCCGCCUGCUUAAAAGAAUCCGUCCGUCCAAGGAGGAGAAGACACAGCUUCCCCCAAGUCUUGUUCCGCUCACUGAGCGCAAUCUAACCGAGCUCUACAACCCUGACUACUGUGACGAGCACGAUGCCUUCCACGAAAAGCCGCCGUACGGUCUCUACGCAGAGAAGCUGUCGGGCACUGCCUUCACUGCGCCCCGCCACGAGAACCAGCAGUCAUGGCUGUACCGCAUCCUGCCCGCCUCGGCUCACGCCAACUUCGAGCCGCGUGAACAUUCGACAUUCAACACCAACCCAGAGAACAAACCCUUUGAGAAAAUCCACCAGAUUCCCAACCAGCUCCGUUGGGACCCCUUUGAUUUGGAUGAGACGGUCGACUGGGUGCACUCGCUGCACCUGGUCGCCGGCGCCGGCACCCCGGUCAUGAAGUCCGGCAUCGGCAUCUACAUCUAUGCUGCCGGAAAGGACAUGGACCCGCACCACGCCUUCUACUCAGCCGACGGCGACUUCCUCAUUGUGCCGCAGCACGGCACCCUCGAUAUUCAGACCGAGUUGGGCAAGAUCCUGGUGCGCCCGAACGAGAUUUGCGUGAUCCCUCGCGGCGUGCGCUACCGCGUGACGCUCCCAGAUGGCCCCGUGCGCGGCUACAUCCUCGAGCUAUACCAAGGACACUUCGAGCUGCCCGGCCUAGGCCCUAUUGGGAGCAACUGCCUGGCCAAUGCUCGCGACUUCCAGGCGCCCGUAGCAUACUUUGACGAAGACACAAACUCCGAGUGGACGCUGCUGGCAAAGUUUGCCGGCCAUCUCUUCGCCGCCAAACAGAACCACACUCCGUUUGACAUCGUAGCCUGGCACGGCCAGUACUACCCCUACAAGUACGACCUUGGUCGCUUCAACACUAUUGGCAGUGUCUCAUUCGACCACCCCGACCCCUCCAUCUACACUGUUCUCACCGCCCAGUCCGACCACCCGGGCACCGCCAUUGCUGACUUUGUCAUUUUCCCACCGCGUUGGCUGGUGGGUGAAGACACCUUCCGUCCGCCGUGGUACCACCGCAACACCAUGUCUGAGUUCAUGGGCCUUAUACACGGCCAGUAUGACGCCAAGACAGGAGGUGGUUUCCAACCUGCUGGCGCAUCGCUGCACAACGUCAUGUCAGCUCACGGCCCUGAUGCCAGCACGCAUGAGAAGGCGUCGAAUGCCGAGCUGAAGCCGGCCAAGGUUGGCGAGGGCAGCAUGGCCUUCAUGUUCGAAAGUUGCCUGAUGGUAGGCGUUACCGACUGGGGCCUCAAGAAGUGCCAGAAGGUGCAAGAGGACUACAAUGCCGAAAGCUGGGAGCCUCUGAAGCCGCACUUCAAGCGCCCCACUCCCGCGGACAUCAAAAAUGCCGCACGUGGCUAG